GACCACGAGGUGAUGCGGUUCGUGGGCAACGACACCCACGACGAACACUUCAAACUGAUCCUCCACGACGCGUCCGGCUCCCUGCUCGUCGGUGGGAGGAACGUCAUCUAUAACAUCAGCGUCGCCGACCUGCAGGAGCAGAAUCAGAGGGUGGAAUGGCACCCGAACGCCGCGCAGAUGAAGUCGUGCUACAUGAAGGGCGGGUCGGAGGAGGUGUGCCAGAACUACGUGCGCAUCCUGACGGAGAAGUCCCCGGGACACUACCUCAUCUGUGGCACCAACGCCUACAACCCCAUGUGCAGAGACUUCAGACUAGCGGGAGGAGUCCUGGAGCGUGACAGGGAGUACCCGGGCCGUGGACUGUGUCCCUUCGACCCUUCCCACAACAGCACCGCAGUCUUUGCUGAUGGCCAGCUGUAUGUGGGGACCAUUGCGGACUUCGCUGGGCUGGAGCCUCUCAUUUACCGCGAACCAUUGCGGACAGAGCAGUACGAUCUCUCCACCUUAAAUUCUCCUAACUUCGUGAGCUCUUUUGCGCUGGGAGACUUUGUAUACUUCUUUUUCCGGGAGAUCGCUGUUGAAUACCUCAAUUGUGGCAAGACGUUGUACUCUCGGGUGGCUCGGGUGUGUCGCCACGACAAGGGAGGACCUCACAAGUUCCGGAAUAAGUGGACCUCCUACCUCAAGUCCAGACUCAAUUGUUCUGUCUCUGGGGAUUUUCCCUUCUACUUCAAUGAGAUCCAGGCAACAACAGAACCAGUUGAAGGACGCUAUGGAGGCCAUGCCACAACUCUUCUCUAUGGUGUCUUCACUACCCCAGAAAAUUCCAUUCCGGGUUCUGCUGUGUGUGCAUUUACGUUCCAAGAUAUAAUGGACACUUUUGAAGGUCCAUUCAAGGGCCAGGCUUCUGUAAAUGCCAACUGGUUGCCAGUCCAGGGAACUAAGCAGGAUCAUUUGUUAUUACAGGUACCUGAACCAAGACCAGGUCAGUGUGUGAAAGAUUCAAGCACACUACCAGAUGUCACCCUAAACUUUAUUAAAACUCAUUCACUGAUGGAUGAAGCAGUGCCAGCUUUCUUUGGACAACCUAUAAUCAUCAGCACAAGCUUCCAUUUUAUUGGCCGUUUCACAUCUAUAGCAGUGGACGCACAAGUAAGAACACCAGAUGGAAAGUCCUAUGAUGUCCUCUUCAUAGGUACAGAUGAUGGCAAAGUGAUAAAAGCUGUCAACACAAAAUCAGCUGACUCAUAUCAAGAAGUAGAGCCAUUUAUCAUUGAAGAGAUAUCUGUGUUUCCAUCUGAUAUUGCCGUAACUUCUCUACAAGUGAUCAAACCAAGAGGAAAGCAACCACGUUUGCUAGUUGGAUCACGUUCCAUGAUUCAUUCAAUUUCCUUGAAUCGCUGUUACACUGACAAGAGUAUAUCUUGCAGUGAGUGUGUUGCUUUACAAGAUCCUUACUGUGUCUGGGACAAAAAUAAUCGUAAAUGCCGCAUGCUGGGUGGUGGGAAAGAGAUGAUCCAAAAUAUCAGUGAUGGUGUUCAUAGUGAUUGUGGAAAACCAGAGAAGAAAACUCAAAAGCCAUCACCUUCUGCCUCGGUUAAUCCCGGUGCAUCUGGCACUCCAAUUCCUAUUACUCCGGAGGAUGAUCUAGAUCAUAAAGUACCAAGCAGCCAAAGUGUCCCAUUACAUUUUACAGCUGAAACUUUGGCCAUAGCUGUAGCAUCUGCAACCAUAGGUGCACUCAUCCUGGGCUUCAUUACUGGAUUCUUUUGUGGAAAAAAGUGCAACAAAGAUGAAGACAACCAGUUGUAUGCUGAUACAGAUUAUGAGUAUUUUGAUCAGAGACAAAAUGCCAAUAGCCGGCUGACAGGUGAACUUCAAGAAGAGGUAACAUAUGCAGAACCUGUUUUGGUUCCCCAGGCUCUCAAUAAACCUGUAAAUCUUGUGUUGAACAUGUCUCCGAAGGCUACUUUAAAAACACCUGGAUCCAACACUCCUGGAGGAAAUAUGGGGACUGUAGGAGCCCCCAUGGGACCAUCUCUAGGGCUUCCUACCACUGGAGUGUCGGCAGGACCCCAUGAUAUUCCAUUGCAUUACACACCAGAGUCGUACUCUACCCAUGGAACUCUGCGCUCAUCAGAGAAGUACGGAACAAGGGGCCGUGAUCAUCGGCCACGAGACUAUGACCACAGGCUGGUUGAUGGAUACUCAACCACCCGCUCUGUCAAGAAGGUGUACCUGUGAGGUGCCUGCCCCCCCUCCUUCCCUGCAAUUCCCCAGCCCCCCUUUUAAGUACAGUACUCAAGUUUCCCUGUAUACAGUGCUGAGAAUUUGAGUCAUAGCCUCACCAUAGCUUUGCAUUCACUUGAAGUGCAUAGGUGGGCUGGCCAAGCGUGGGAUAGACGGAAUUAAUAUGAGCUCUAAGAGUCCCAUACAGAGUCUCGUUCUAGUCCCCCACUCACCGCCAGUAUUAUGUACAUACCACCCUAGUGCCAAGAGACACUUCUACUCCUUCGGUAAAUCUCCCGUAAUCAAAGUAUUCUGUAGCUAGUGUCGUGUAAAUCAAAUCAUUGAGUCAUGAGACACUGCUGGCAAUACUCAAUGGGACGUUAGCAAGCAUGAGAAGACGUAGGGUGUAAGAAGUGAUUUAGUUUAAAGUAGAAAAAAUAUUACAAUAAUACUAUGGAGAUUUCAAAACAAAGCACUGACAUUAUUUGUAAAAUACAAUACAAUACAUUCUCAGUCAAGUGAAGAAAAUAAAUAGGCUGAAACAGUCAGCCAUUUUAUUACCGUCUGAUUGCAUAAGGGUGUAGUUUUACAUUCAUCUCAUUUAAAAUGAAUUAAUGUAAACUUAUAGAAUUAUAAGAUAUGAUUAGAGGUGUCAAAUACAAAAAAACAUAAUUGACUUUUGCAAGAUGAAUAUAAAAUGUUAUGUGAACAUGAAUACAGAUAUAGCUAAUGGUGUUUGAUACAGAUGUGAAUAAGCAUUUUUUAAUGAAGUUGCAAGUUGUGUGAACACCAAAGCAUUAUAUAGCAUAGUUAGCAGUGUUUACAGUAAAGACCAGUGUGAUACUCAACCUAGCUAGGAAUGAGUAAUACAAACAUCAGAGAAGACAUUAUCUGAUAAACAAUCUUUAAAAAAAAAAAAUCAUAGCCUGACUGGAGUUUGGUACCAGAUUAUAAGACCAUAGUGUGAUGUUGCCUAAUCUGGCAGGUUCGAUUUGUGCAUCUCUUGUAACUUGUAUAGGUCCUGUGAUAAGUGAUAUAGCUUGGACACUCGACAUCACAACUGUAUGUAAGGCAUUAUGAGGGGUCACUAACUCCUCUGCUCUUGGCUAGUAUAUAUACUAUGUAAUAUAUCACCCAAUCCUACUGCUAUAUUCUCAUAGAUAAUUUUGCUCGAAAUUUCUUCUGUCUCGGACUUUACUCUGAUAAUUUUUAUUUAGACUGGAUGAUCUGUAUAUAGUGUACUCUUGUCCAUUGUAGAAGUAUUUAAUAAAAAGUGAUUGGAUCAGCAAUAUUUUAGCCUUUGAUUCUAGUUCUCCAAGGCUAUUACUCCCAGCUGUAGAUUGGAAAGAAUUUAAUACAAAAUAUAUUUAAGGUUAUUAAUUGCUGAUCAUUUCACAAAGAUGAACUGACAAGUCACAUUUCCAACAGUACAUUGUGUCUGAUAAGGAAUGAAUUGGGUAAUUAUAUGCUUAGGCUGAUACAGUUUUUCACAGAAAUAAUGUGCAGAACAAUGCACACUUAAGUGCUUUAAAAAUUUAUUUUGGAUGAAUAUUUAGUCUCAAUUUCUGCUUUAUACACCACUCCUGGGGGGGGUUGAAUUGUGUCAUUAUGAGCAAGUUUUUUUUCCUGAGGAGUUGGUUUAUAUUAUUGCAUUAUGCAUUUUAAUUUUAAUUUUCUUUUAAUAACAGUAUUGUUUCUAUCUCUACCUUGUGAAAGAGGCACAAAAUGGGCACAAACUAUUGGUGCUUUCUUUUACAUUUUUAUCUUAAACUGGAUAUAGUGUUGCAGGUAUGUAUGUCAGUCUUUUUUUUUUUUUUUUUUUGUACAUUACUGUAUAUGUAGCAAUGGGCUGUACUAUGUAGGCACUACGUAAUACAGUUACAAUAUGCGAUUCUUGGUGUAUGGUAAACACUAAGCUGGCAUGAUAGCCAUCACUUGGUGCAGUAUACAAGAAAUUGCCCUAUAAUCUUGUUACAUUUAUGGGACUGCCACAUAUAUUACUGAUGUAAAAAUAAUGUCCUGCCUCGUUACAAAAAAAAAUUAUAAUAGGGAAAAAUAUAUAAAAAUUUUAAAUAAUCCAAGAUUUAAUAUGUUGAAAUCAUUUUAAGGUCUGUUGCACUGCUUAUCCAGUUCCAAAUAUCAAAAGAAUGAUAAAAACUUGAACUUCAAAGUGUAAUGUUUGUUAUUAUAAUUAUAUACAAUUUAUAUAUUUCAAAAAUUAAUACAAUUUAUAAUAAAAUUAGGGUUUAUGAUCUCUGAACUCCAAUGUGUAUAGAAUAAAUGAAAAUCACAAUGGAUUGAAUGUAACACUUUCAAGACAAAAGAACAAUGCAGAAACUAAACUCGUGGUCUCGGGUCUCCCAGACACAUGCUGUCAGUUGCACUACAGAUAUAAAUAUUAGAACUGGGAAAAAUUACUCCAGUGAGAUCAGUAGACCUAGAUUUUCUGGUUCUAAUACAGUGGAAACUGCUCAAACACCGAUAAAUUCUAGACUCCUUCCUUUGUAACUGAUAUUCCAUUAUACUCGUUCAUUGCUAUUUUGGGACAAUUUUUACAUUUAUCUGUAGAGAUGAUGGAACACACACAUUAGUACAUAUUUUAUGCUGAAGUCAUUUGAAAAUAUAAGUUUUAACAUUUUCAUGUUCCAGGGGUGAGGCCAGUUUUAAUGUCCAGAGUGAACUACUACCCUUCAACCACUCACUCAGCAAUGUGUGUAAUAUUUAUAUGUGCUCAUUUACUGGUUGAGAACUUAUUUUUCUGUUAGAACACUUCAUUUAAAAUCAAUGUACAGGUAUAUAAAUUAAUGAUCUCUAUUUCAGUUUAGGCAUAACAAAACCAUAGACAGUCAGAUGUACGAGGCAGUUGCAUAGUUAUUUAUGGUCAUCAAUCUUGUUUUGUAUAUAUAUACACCUAUAUUGUGUUCAAAUAAUUGAUCUAUAUUGAUGUAGAAACAGCACAACAGAUCUUGAAUAAUGCAUAUUCAAUAAAUUUUGAAAUUUAACCAUAAUUUAUGAUCAGAAAAGUUUAUACAUUACAGCACUCCUUUUUUUUUAGUUUUGAAAACUAUCUAUAGGCUUAAAACAUUGAUUUUGGUAUCAAAAUACAGUGUUUGGAAAUAAGUGGUCUUUAAUACUACACAGAAAAAGAUACAAUAAUAACCAAUGUCUGGCUCGAACUGCAGGCAUUUAUAUCGCAUCCACAGGGGGUCGGACUCGAGCAGAUGGAUAACCCAUUUUUGUGGAUACCAUGAGUACAUCUCUGGAAUAAAGAAAAUGAAAUAAA